UCGAAUUACAUCAGCCGUCAUCAAAUAUAGACGUUAUGAAGCGUCAUUCAAGAUCUGAAAGUGUGGGGAAGGUCGCAGAAACAUUGGAAGAGAAACAGAAUAAAUUAUAUUUCGAUGACUUACAUAAGAGGAAAAAGAAAAGGAGCUUCUUCAAAGAGUACAUCAUUGAUUACACGGCUAACUCCAAUCUUCAUGGUCUAAAAUAUAUAGGCGAAAAUCAGAGAACCCGAGUGGAAAAAAUAUUCUGGUUGUUCGCAUUUAUUUGCUGUGUUAUCCUUUGCGCUGGUCUGAUCAGAAACGUAUGGAGAAAAUGGAAUGACAGCCCAGUUAUUGUUAGUUUCGCAGAAAAUACCACUCCAGUUUGGCAGAUUCCAUACCCAGCAGUCACGGUAUGUUUGGAGACCAAAGCCAAGGCAUCAGUAUUUAAUUUUACAGAAAAUUAUCACAAAUAUAACAGCAGUGGAGUACGGAGUAAUAUGACUCAAGAGGAUAUAGAAUAUUUUGAAGAUCUUACACUUGUUUGUGACGACCAUCUUGCUUAUUCGGGCGGUAGGAAAUUCGGAAAUGGAAAUGCUUCAGUAACCAACCUGAAGAAAGUAUCACAGAAUUUAUCAGAAGCUUUUUUUGCCUGCAAAUGGAAAGAUAUACCGAAGCAGACCUGUGAAGACCUAUUCUCACCGAUAUUGACAGAAGAAGGCAUAUGUUACACUUUCAACACGUUACGAGCCGACGAAAUUUUCAGAAUGGAAAAUUUACAUAAAGAUUAUCAAUAUUUGGAACAUGAAAAUAGAGCGGAAUCAUGGAAUUUAGAAUUUGGUUAUGCCCCAACUACGCCAAUAGAAACCUAUCCUCAUAGAGGUUCGGGGUAUGGUGCUAAAUCCGGAUUAGUGUUUCUAAUGCGAACAAGGGAGAGUGAUUUGGAUUAUCUCUGUCGAGGACCUGUUCAAGGCUUUAAAAUCCUACUCCAUAACCCGGCUGAGUUGCCGAGGCUCACACAAAACUAUUUCCGUUCACCUCUUAACCAGGAAGUAGUUGUAGCUGUUAAACCUAAAAUGAUGACUACCUCCUCAGGAUUAAAACCGUACGACCCUGAAAGACGCCAAUGCUAUUUCCCAACUGAGAGGUAUCUUCGGUACUUCAAAGUUUAUACUCAAACAAACUGCGAGUUUGAGUGCCUAACAAACUACACCUAUGCUAGAUGUGGAUGUGUGCAUAUAGGAAUGCCUCUGGAAUUGGUAGUAGUGGAAGUGGAAUCAAGCUUAGAGAACCAGAAGUCCGAAGCAUCAAACGAAGCGCGUAUGAUCGCGCACAACUGCAAGUGCUUGCCUGCCUGCACGUCCAUAGAGUACGAAUCGGAGACUUCCCAGGCGGACUAUGAUUGGAAAGCUAUAUUCAGAGUCCUCAAGUUGGAUUACACUGAAAUGGAUGAAGAGUAA